AGGCUGGGAGCCAUGGGCCCUGGCCCCACAACAUCCCUUUUAGGUUUCUCUCUACAGUGUGUUUCUGAGAGUCUGCUGAGGAACAAUGGGAAGUCUGCCCAGCAGAGAGAGAAGCCUGGCCAACACAAGCUCUAGUUCCAGCUCCUCUGGUCCAGGCCAAGGACAUAUGUCCACACAAGGAGAAAAGAAGAUAGUCACAGCAGUGGCCCUGGGCAGUUUCCCGGCAGGUGAGCAGGCUGAGCCGUCUCUGAGACUGGGGGAGCCACUGACCAUCAUCUCUGAGGAUGGAGACUGGUGGGCAGUGCUAUCAGAAGUCUCAGGCAGAGAGUACCAUAUCCCCAGUGUGCAUGUGGCCAAAGUCUCCCAUGGGUGGCUAUAUGAGGGCCUGAGCCGGGAGAAAGCUGAGGAACUGCUGCUGUUGCCUGGGAACCCUGGAGGGGCCUUCCUCAUCCGGGAGAGCCAGACCAGGAGAGGCUGUUACUCCCUGUCUGUCCGACUCAGCCGCCCUGCAUCGUGGGACCGGAUCAGGCACUAUAAGAUACAGCGUCUUGACAAUGGCUGGCUGUACAUCUCACCUCGCCUUACCUUCCCCUCGCUCCAGGCCCUGGUGGACUAUUACUCUGAGCUAGCGGAUGACAUCUGCUGCGUGCUUAGGGAGCCCUGUGUCCCAGAGAGGCUUGGCCCACUACCUAGCGAGGACAUACCACCACCUGUGACUGUGCAGAGGUCAUCACUCAACUGGCAGGAGCUGGACAGCAGCCUGUUUCUGGAAGCACCUGCCACUGGGGAGGCAUCUCUCCUUAGCGAGGGGCUCCGGGAGUCCCUCAGUUCCUACAUCAGUCUGACCGAAGAAUUUUCCUUGGAGAAUGACCAGUCUAAAGGCAGAAAACGAAAGGGGAACCAAGCCUGUAGCACCUAAAAUUCCAAUCCGGCUGAACCUGAAUGCACACUCUGGAAACAAGGCUGUGGAUGCAGAACGGAAAGCCGGGACAUGGACAUAUGCAGGGUCCCACCCGGGCCCUCUGUGCAGCCUUCUCUUGGCUCUGCGCCACUUUCCUCCUCCCAAGGCUUUAACCCUGCCUACAACCUCUAGCCCACAUGCGGCACAGUUCAAAGUAGGGAUAGGUCUCCACAGUAAAUGUCUUCUGGGGGUGUCAUGAGUCAGUUCCUGGGAGUGAGUUCCAGCAUGGCCUCUGUCCCCUGCUUGCUGAUUCCCAUCCCCCAUCCCAAGAGUUACCCAGCCCUACUAACACAAAGGAGAAAAUGAAAAUUUUUAGGAAUAUUUACAAGUUUCAUUCAGAAAUCCACACACCUCAGUGGUAGGACAACAGCUCAAAGCAGCUGUGGCUUACCAUGGCAGAUCCUGGCUAUCCAGCCUGCCCCUCACCCAAGCAGAGAAGGACCACUGACAAUACAGAUCUUUGAAUGUCUCCUCCCAUCAAGGCCCUUCUCUUGACAGCCUGAGCUCUCUAUCUCAUUUAGUGUAAUAUUCAAACAUGGCCAAGCUCUCCCAACACCCUAGUUUUGCCAUCUGGUGGCCAAAUACAAAAUGACACCUUUUGAGUCUAACACAUUGUAGGCUAGUAACCACUCAGUGCAUGGCCAAGGGCAUCAAGUAGUAGAUUCUUUACAAUGCCUUCACCAAUCUAGCCUGAUUUCCCUGAUGCCCCAAAAGAGAAAGGCCUAGGUUAAAGCUGCUAAGGGAGCAGGAGGGGAAGGAAGAGGGAUGGGGUGGGAGGCACUAUGCCUAAUGCUCCCUACUAGGUUUUGAGGCCACAGGUGGGGUGGGGAAGGCUUUUACCAGGUACUGCCAACAGAUUUUCAGUUAAAGACUUAUUUAUUCAAGUAUCUGAAAACAUUCUACAAUGGAAACUGUUAAUUGGAUGGCUGCUUGUACUGUGCUAUGGACCACGCACAUGCUGUUUUCAGAAGACUUGAAAUGCCACUGAUAGUUUAAAAAAACUGUACACCUGAUGGAUAACCAAGGAAGGCAAUGUUUCAUCCGGAUCCAGAGGUGCAUCAGAUUAAACAGCAGCUCCAGUUGGCAAAUAGCUGUCACAUGAUGGUAUCCAAGAAAAAAUGGUUGGUAAUGGACAAAUUCAGAAAUUCCUCCCCAAAGGU